UUGAUUACAAAUUAAUAAAAAUCUUGCUCCCCCUUUUCUUCGUUUCUUUGACCUUCUUCACAUCAACAAAUUCGUCUAUUUCCUUAAUUUUCUGUUCAUAAAUUCCAUUGUAAAUAACUCUAAUUCACAUUCACAUUCAAUAUUCAUUUGUUUUCUCCUGAUUUCAUUCAAUUCAUCAUAAUCUAGGGUUUAUAUUUCACUAAAUUCACCUGUAUAAUUUCAUCAAUCAUGGCGGUUCCGGCAAUCGCACUGUACGCAAGUCCUCCAAGCAGCGCGUGCUCAUCACCGUAUUCACAUGAUUUUGAUUUCAACAGCCGUUCGUCGUCUCCGUCAACCGCCACCGCUUCGCCGUCGCAAAAACCGUUCGUCGGCGGUUUAUCGUCGCUUUUUUCUUCUUCAUCCUACGGCGGUGAUGAAUUGAGAACCGGCGAAGACAUUUUGAACAGUUGUUAUACCUACGCGCCAUUUGGAGCGUGUUUGAAACGCGAUCAUUUUCAUCAGAGUCCGGUUUCGGUGAUUCAAGGUCCGAUGUCGUUGAGUAGUACGCCGUCGAUGAGAUUCUCGCCGGACAGACGGUGGUUUAAAGGCAUUGUUACACACGCGAUUGGAUCGUGUGUCGAUUAUUCACCGGAUUUUCGGUCGCGUGUGAAUUUAGCUGAAGAGCUUACAUUCGUUAUGGAUGAUAAUAAUUUGAAUGAAACAGUCUCUGAGGCGUAUGCUAAAGAUAUGCUAGUGGAUGCACAGUUGAAACAUAAUAUAUUCAAUGAUGAGUUGGUUGUUAAGGCUUUUUACGAGGCCGAAAAAGCGCAUAAAGGACAGAUGCGAGCUAGCGGCGAUCCUUAUUUACAACAUUGUGUAGAAACCGCAUGUUUGCUAGCGACAAUAGGUGCCGACGCUAUGGUUGUUUCUGCAGGGCUUUUACAUGACACACUUGAUGAUUCUUAUAUGAGCUAUGAUUAUAUUCUUCAGUCUUUCGGUCCCGGGCUUGCUGAUCUUGUCGAAGGGGUGUCCAAGUUGAGUCAAAUGAGUAAACUUGCACGUGAAAGCAAUACAGCAACAAAAACCGUCGAGGCAGAUCGUAUGCACACAAUGUUUCUUGCAAUGGCUGAUGCUAGAGCUGUACUUGUGAAAUUGGCUGACAGGUUGCACAAUAUGAUGACGCUGGAUGCUUUACCUUUGAGUAAACAGUAUAGGUUUGCAAAGGAGACAAUGGAGAUAUUUGCGCCAUUAGCAAACCGGUUGGGAAUUGUGAGAUGGAAGGAACAAUUAGAAAACCUCUGUUUCAAAUAUAUUAAUCCAAACCGGUACGAAGAUUUAUCAUCACAACUUAUGAAGUCUUUUAAUGAUGAAAUGGUCACCUCUGCUGCUGAAAAAUUGGAGCAAGCACUUAAGGAUGGAUCGAUUUCUUAUCACGUUCUAUAUGGGCGACACAAAAGCUUGUAUAGCAUUCAUUGCAAGAUGCUAAAGAAAAAGUUAAGCAUGGAUGAAAUUCAUGAUAUUCAUGGGCUACGGCUGAUUGUGGAAAAUGUUGAAGACUGUUAUAAAGCAUUAGACCUUGUUCAUGGUUUAUGGCCUGUAGUUCCUGGAAAAUUCAAGGACUACAUAAAUCAGCCCAAGUGUAAUGGGUAUCGAUCUCUGCACACAGUAGUAAUGGGGAAGGGAUUGGUCCCACUUGAAGUUCAAAUUAGAACAAAAGAAAUGCAUUCUCAGGCGGAGUUUGGGUUUGCAGCUCACUGGAGAUACAAAGAAGGAGACUGCAUGCAUUCCACAUUUGUGCUACAGAUGGUUGAAUGGGCCCGUUGGGUGGUGACCUGGCAGUGUGAGACAAUGAUGAAAGAUCAAUCGUCCAUUGGCUACACAGAUGCCAUGAAACCACCCUGCAAAUUCCCUUUCCAUUCUGAAGAUUGCCCGCAUUCUUACAAACCUUCUUGUGGAUCUGACGGACCCGUGUUUGUCAUUGUGAUCGAGAAUAACAAGAUGUCAGUGCAAGAAUUCCCUGCAAAUUCAAGGGUGAAGGAUCUCGUAGAUGUACGAUAUGGGUUUUCAGUGAAAGAAGAAGUACUGCUGAAAGUAAAUCGUGAAGUGGUCGAUGAUUUUAACUUUAAGUUGCGAAUGGGGGAUGUAGUGGAACUUGGUCCUAAGUUACCUGACAAAUCAUUAACGGAAUACAGGGAGGAAAUUCAGCGGAUGUAUGAGAUUGGGCAACCUGCAACAAGCGGGCAAAGAAUUGCUGGUUACAGGGUUGGUUGGAGAAGAUGAAGAUAAAGAUAAUAGGGUUAACUGGUUAAGUUACAUAUUGGGAAAAUGAUUUAGUGUAUAUACGGGGGCAGGGUUGUACAUAAUUAUGGUGUCAGUUGAAUGUUAUUUAGAUAGUUAUUCUUAUAUGUGAAUUUGAUCAUAGAAGAACUUUUAUUUCUUACAUGUGAAUGUGAUCAUAGAAAAAAAGUUAUUUUCUUUGGUU